UAUUUUUAGUGACAAUUUUGUAAUUUUUAGUAAAAGUGGUGCUUACUUCUUUUCAGAUUCUUUGUCUACUUGUUUGAAAUAAAAGGAUUUUAACGCAUGAAGUGAUAAUACUGUUAGGUCAAAAAUAAAAGUAAUUUUUUUUUUCCUAUAGCGUUCAUUGCCUACGGAAUUGGUUGUAUGCCCUUCAAGUGUUUGAUGCAAAGCCUCAGAGAAAUUAACAUUGCUUCUCAACUUUUUUUCAACUCCUUUUGGCGAUUAAAUCGAUCGAUGGCUUGUCAAAACUGCUAAAUAUGUAUAGAGAAGUAAAGAUAGAAUGAAGGCGAGCGUGGAAGGAGAAAAGGUGAUACUGGUACCUUACAUGAGGGAGCACGUGCCUAAAUACCAUGAUUGGAUGCAAGAUCCUGCCAUCCUCGAAGCCACCGCUUCCGAGCCCCUCACACUCGAACAAGAAUAUGACAUGCAAGUCUCCUGGACACAAGACUCCCUCAAGCAGACCUUUAUAGUAUUGGACAAAGAAUUGGUUAUUGGAGACUUCAUUCCUGGAAAUCCCCACAUUGAAGCCAUGGUUGGUGAUGUGAAUAUAUAUAUGAAUGACUUGGAUGAUCCCCAGAUGGCAGAGAUUGAAAUAAUGAUUGCUGAGCUGAAAAGUCGUGGCAAAGGACUUGCUCAGGAGUCAGUUCUGAUGAUGAUGGUAUUUGCAGUGGAGAAGUUUGGCAUCCAUGCUUUUCAUGCUAAAAUUGGGGAAUCAAACAAAGCUUCUCUUAAUCUAUUCCACAAAAUGGGCUUUCAGAAGAUUUCUUACAGUGAGAUCUUCAAAGAGGUUACAUUGGAAUUACCAAUAACAGAAUCUACAUGUGAGAAACUGCAUCAAUUAAUUGGUAAUAUGGUUACAAAUUCAUGGCCAUGAAAAUCUAUCUUGUGGUGAAUUAUACAUUCUAAAUAAGAUAUAUGUUUCAGUUUUUAGAUUCCCUGAUUUAUGAGGCCUAUGGUCGAUGUCCUAAUUGUAGAAUUGUUCGAGAUUGUUAUAUUUCUUCUUGCUUGAGCAUUUGCUAUUGACAGGAAAUGGCUGUCAAAUGUAGUAGUUUGAAAUCCUGUAGAAGAGAUC